GAGAGAAGCGUGCAGCUGCAAAACACCUCUCUCUUUCUCUCUCUCCCUUUCUCUCUCUCUCGCUCUCCCUCACUUUCUCUGUGAUUUCAGCAGGAUGUUGGCAGCUUGGAAGGAAAAUAAUCUUUUUAGCUGGACAGGAGUUAAUUCUUAGACGGAUAUCUGAUGUGUCAGCAGUCGGACCGGUGCCGCGCGGUUUGGAGACAAGUCCCCUCCUCAUGCACAUGCGGUUAAAGACAGUCCACGUGCUAAACCACAGCAGGUGAGAGAGCAGUCGUGGUAUUGCACAGAUUCAGAUAAGUGGAGGAUUUCCAGACGAAUGGCUACACCCUUCGUGCCAGUGCCUGUGCCCAUCACUCGAGCACUUCCAGGGUCCUCCGGUGCCAGACGACCCAAACGGGCAUCGAGCAGCGCGUCAAGCAGUUCAGAGUCCUCUUCCACUAAAGGUGCAGCAGAGGACGGCAGUUUGGGAAGAAGCGGGCAUGGGAGCUGCUUCAUCGCUUCGUGUCAGAGUCCUGUAACGAGGGCCAGAAUGAACGGAGUUGAGUCCUCGGUGGAGUUUUCCAGCUGCGCACGGCCGGAUACGCCAUCGCAAUCGCUAGGGUGGGAGGAGAGACCCAUAACUCCCACAGUGCUCGGCUACGAGGUCAUGGAGGAGAGAGCAAAGUUUACGGUGUACAAGAUUCUGGUAAAGAAGACGCAGGACGAGAGCUGGGUGGUGUUCCGGCGUUACACCGACUUUUCCAGACUUAACGACAAGUUAAAGGAAAUGUUCCCUGGUUUCCGCCUCUCUCUGCCACCUAAACGCUGGUUUAAAGAUAACUACGACACCGACUUCCUGGAGGACAGACAGUUAGGCCUGCAGGCCUUUCUGCAGAAUCUGGUGGCUCACAAAGACAUCGCCAACUGUGUUGCGGUGAGGGAGUUUCUCUGUCUAGACGAGCCUCCAGGACCUUUCGACAGUCUUGAGGAGAGUCGGGCGUUCUGUGAGACUCUAGAAGAGGGUAACUAUCGUCUGCAGAAGGAGCUGUUGGAAAAGCAGAAAGAGAUCAGUUUUUUAAAGAAGAUGUUGGAGGAAAAAGAGCUGUACAUCCACCUGCUCGAGAAGAGGAUCAAUGGUGAGUCUCUGACUCCAGAGAGCCCGUAUGGUCUGUCUGCUCAGGGCAGCGAGAGCAGUGUGGAUGCAGAGAGCUCUACAGCUGAGGCGGACCAGGACAUGCCAGAGGAGAGCGGCAGCUGCGAGCAGCAGGCAUCUCGGAGCUCCUCGGCAUGUUGGUGCGGCCCGACCGUCAGCAGCUCACCUCCAGUCAUCCAGGUUACUCAGGUGGAGCAAUGAAUCAGGAAUCAGGACUGCACCUUCUCUCUCUCUCUCUCUCUCUCUCUCUCUCUCUCUCUCUCUCUUUCUUUUCCUCCUUUUGUCUCUCUUCCCCAUCACUUGCACUCUCUCAUGGAGCUUAUAGUCUAUCCUAAUUUCACAGUUGAUCAUCUCAGAGAGACACAAACAUGAGUUUUUUUCUGGUUUAGAGAGAGAGAGAGAGACAAAGAGACGUUAUGGAUGACCACUCCAUAUAGAGACAGCAGAAUGUCUGAACAUUAAUUCAGAUUAAGAAUAUCUGCUUCGAGAGAUGUCCAUGUGAUGAGACUUUCUGAAUUUUAACCACUGACAUCCAGCCAUAGACUGCAUCUCAAACAUACGGACGAAGACGAACUUUUUAUUUAAUUUAACUUAUCAUGCAGAGGUGCCAACAUGUACAGUUUAGCCAUAACAUUUACGUCAUUAAUUAUAGGAGAUGUUUUUUUUUUUUUUUCCAUUUUUCUCCCUGGGCAGAAAAAAAAAAAAACGUUUGCUUUUGGUAGCUUUGCCUUUCUUCCUGCCACUUUUAUCCGUGUGAACUUUGUCUUAUGGAUUUGUGAGCCAUUAAAAAAGAAGAAGCAGCCGGGACCUUUACUUAGUUUACAGAACAAAGUUGUUGUUUAUGAAGUAGCGCACACAGCAGACUUUUGCUUUUCUGUUUACAUGGGCAAAAAAAAAAAAAAAAAAAACUGACACAUGGAAGGGUUUUGUGUUUUUUCUUCUUUUAAAUAACACAAAUUUUUGCCUGCUAGGAUUUUCUUGUUAAUAAUGUUGGCACCUUUGUGUCAUGACGGUUCACUGUGUGACAAUCCAGAGACAGAGAAAAAAAAAACUGCCUUUGCUCUAAAAUUCACAGUGGAGUGAAGCCCCCAUGUGGCGAAUGCAGAUACUGCAGUCAUCUUCUCAGGAAGGACACUCUUUCGACGGACUCAGAGACCGAUGAUCCCCCCUAAACCCCACCCCACCCCCCACCACAACUCAGUCCUCCUCCUGCUGCUGAUGAUAAUGAUUCAAUUCUGCUGCUUCUGGCUUUUCAUCAGGACUUUGAAAUGAUGAUGAUCAUGAUAAUGAUAAUGAUGUCUAAAUAUUCCAGUUGGCAGGUCAUUCCCAGCUGUCAGAUUUAAGACUUCCCUAGUCUAAGUUUUGCCUUGUGUGUCUCUUCACUUCGCACUAUCCUUGCCUCAUUCACAGAAGAAAUGCAAUUCAGCUCUGUAUAGGAGUGAAAAAUAGUAUGCACAUUGACAAACCUGCAGUGAUUAGUGUUUAUUAUUAUUAUUAUUAUUAUUAAUUUCCUGCUGCCGUCUGACACUAAGUAAACUUUUAGAAAUGUGAGUUAAGGUGCGUGCCACAACAUGGUAUUGUGUAUAAAGCAGUAAAGGCUACAGCUCCAAGUAAUCAGCUCCCGUCAUUUGAUUAACCAGAUAUAGAUAUAGAAGUAUCUCUCAAAGGAAACAGAGAGAGGAAGAGAGAGCUGACUAUUAUCGCUCACAGCUAUUUCACGCACAGCGAAAGCAAUUUGCAAUUAGUCACGUGACUCACUGGAUGGCUGCGAAUGUACUAAUUGAUCCUCUUAAUAAUUGAACGUGGUCAGUCCAAAAUCAGUGAAGUUUUGUUGUGCUUCGAUGUCGGUGUGGUCUCGAAGUUUCGUCAGCGUCAAGACAAGUCAUGGAAAAGGAAGAAAACAAUACCAAUAGCCUGGAAAUAACACACGGGUGUUUUUUGUUUGUUUGUUUUUGUGCAAGGACCACAAUAUGUUUAAGGCAUUCGCUGGUAACAUGUUGCACUUUAAUAUCUGCUGGGAUUGUCAGAUACGGUGCCAGCGUUUAGCCUAGCAGGCAAGGCUUCCAUACGUUUGAAUGCUGCGUAGACCUUCAACUGAAGCACAGUGCCUUUAUCUAGAACUAGAAUUCUGUGUAUACACGCUUAUUUUAUUUGUGUGUCUUUGUGAGUGAGGAACGAGCACGACCCGUGCAGAUCCUCCCGAAAUCAACUUCCCUGCUAACAUAGUGCCUUGCCUUUCUUCCCAUUAUGUCAUUUCAAAUACAUGACAUGUUGUGUUGCUGUGUUUUUUUUUUUUUGUUUUUUUUUUCUCUAUUUCCCCUUCCUUUAGGAUUGAUGCCAAAUGACAGCUGAGGUGACCUUAGGGAUUUAAACGAUCCAAAUAUUACAGUCAAAUCAUUAACGUGGCUACUGACAAAUAAGGUCACUCGGCCGUUAUUGUGAUUUCUAGGAUCGUACUCUUUCCAUAUUUAAAUGUGACUAAACAUUUAAUGUUUCAGAUUGUUAUAUAUGAUGAUUAAAUGUUGUUGUUUUUUUCGACACUAGUGAUGAUCAGAUCCAUAUUAAGGUUGACUGUUUACUCCUAGACGAGGCCUCAUGAAAUAAUACAUUUAAUAAAUGAAACUUAUGCAACUGUUUAGGAGAUGCAAUUUAAAGUUUUGUUCAUUCUUGACAUUUUUUUUUUUUGUCGUCUUGUUUAACCACAUGGGAAAAAGAGGUUAUCUGAUUUUAAUUUAGCAUUUUUU